CAGGUCAACUUCAAAAGUGAUAAAAUGUCUCAUCCUCUCCGCUCGGCGGUCGGAUCCCGGCUGAUCUGUGGUCGCAGAACUGUUGUAAUCGAUUUAUUUACCGGAUCAUCACCGGCUUUCAGAGCGGGAUGAAGCUCCUCUGCAGCGGAUCGAUCGCGUCUCUCCUGCUCCUCUUCUUUCUUCCAGUUUGCUUGGCCGCUCAUGGUCGCUUCGCUCAGAAGUUGCUGAACGACUUGUUCUCCAACUACACCAACGCCUUGCGGCCGGUGGAGGACACUGACCACAUCAUCAAUGUCACCCUGCAGAUCACUCUGUCCCAGAUCAUCGACAUGGAUGAGCGGAACCAGAUCCUGACUACCUACCUGUGGGUACGCCAGGUGUGGAUGGACGCCUACCUCACCUGGAAGAAGGAGGACUAUGACGGCCUCGACACCAUCCGCAUACCCAGCAGCUACGUCUGGAGACCUGAUAUUGUUCUGUAUAACAGUGCAGACGACGAGUUCUCCAGCUCCAUGGAGACCAACGUGGUUCUCCGUAACGAUGGUCAGGUCAUGUGGGACCAGCCAGCCAUCACCAAAAGCUCCUGCUCAGUGGACGUGGCCUUCUUCCCAUUUGAUGUGCAGCAGUGUCACCUAACCUUCGGCUCCUGGACUCACAACGGCAACCAGAUGGACUUGUUCAAUGCCUUGGACAGUGCUGACCUGGCUGACUUUGUCCCUAAUGUGGAGUGGGAGGUCCUGGGCAUGCCAGCCAAGAAAAAUGUCAUCUUGUAUGGCUGCUGCUCGGAUCCAUACCCGGACAUCACCUUUACCCUCCACCUGAAGAGACGUGCCUCCUUCUACAUCUUCAACCUUCUCAUCCCCUGCAUGAUGAUCUCCUUUCUGGCUCCGCUGGGCUUCUACCUGCCGGCGGACUCGGGUGAAAAGGUUUCUCUGGGGGUCACGGUGCUGCUGGCCCUUACCGUGUUUCAGUUGCUGGUGGCUGAGAGCAUGCCGCCAUCCGAGAGCGUCCCACUGAUCGGGAAGUACUACAUUGCGACCAUGACGAUGGUCACUGCUUCAACGGCACUCACCAUCUUCAUCAUGAACAUACACCACUGCAGUCCCGAGGCUCGUCCCGUCCCAGAAUGGGCCGAACGCUUCAUCCUCAACCACCUCGCCCGCAUCUGUUUCGUCUACGAGGUCGGCGAGAACUGCCUCGGUGGGACUUCAUCCAGGAAGCCUCUGUCUCAGGAGGAGUCCGAAGCCCCAUCAACCGGUGGUAGCAACCGCAAAGGACCAAACUGGGAAGUGAACGGACAGGCCUGGGGAGGCAGGGUGGAAGAGGAUGGGGCGCGGGAGUCUCUGAAGGGGGGGCGGGAUUUGACCGACCAGAGCGACUGGAAGGAGGAUCUGUUUGUGACCAUCGACCACUCGGAGGAGGAAGGAGCUGCCGGUGGACGUGAAGGGCAGGGAGAAGAGUCAAACGGUGCCCGUGGAGGAGGAGGAGAGCACGUCCAGGAAAAGAAAGGAGUAGGAGGUGAAGGAGGAGGCGGAGCCGGAGAGAACGGGAGGGAGAUCUUAGUGAAAACCCAGUGUGUUUGCCAGCACCCGGGGCUGCGCAGGAAUGUCGAGUACAUUGCCAACUCAUACCAGGACCAGCGAGUAGCGCAGCUGCGCAUCGGAGAGUGGAGGAAGGUCGCCAAGGUCAUGGAUCGCUUCUUCAUGUGGCUGUUCUUCAUCAUGGUCUUCUUCAUGAGCAUCCUGAUCCUGGGAAAAGCCAUCUGAUGGAGAUGGUGAGGGCGGCGAGUUGGUUCACCGAUUGAAAGAUUCGUUUAGCUUCCAUUAAGUCGAAAAUCAGCCCGCUGACGGUUUGCUCAAAUGGCCAUUGAAUUUCAGUCUAAAGGCUCAAGCCGCCAACCUGUCAUUACUUGAUAGUCUACCUAGUGUCUUUGCAAACAAUGAUUUCCACCAAAAUUUAAAAUGCAGAUGUGUGGGUUUUAAAUAGACUCAGCCACACAAACGGAGUUUGGACAGAUGGAGUUUUUAAUCAGAGUUUAUGAGGGUAAAAUAAUCGAGGAAAGGCCACAGAUCAUUUCAAAAGGCUUUGAAAGCAUCUCAUCAAAUUAUCUUCAAUCCAAGAGCCCGAUCUUCAGCUCGUCAGAUCACAGAACUCCUACGGGCAGCACACAUCUGCAGCAUUUUAACGGAUUUCCCUGAACUCGCUGGAAAAGCAGCGAUUUGUCACCUUCGCUCCUGAGAUCGGCGCAUCCAACAUGUCCGAUGUUUUUCCGUGGGUGUCAACUGAUGUGAUGCUCAGUGUUGUAACUGAGACUUUAGUGCCCAGUUGCACGAAACAUUCAGGGUUUUCUUUGCCCCACGCAUAAAUAUUUUUUUCUUACUCAAACGUCGUCCAGAAACAUCUGCAGUAGAUUCCUAAUGUCAGAUACUUAAUGAUUUGCCAUAGUCAAGCAGGAAUUUCUGUAAAGUUGCCAUAGUAACGUCUUUUCUGCCCAAAUGAGUCAAAUUACUAGAGAUUACGAACCAAAGUGUUGGUGUUUUUAUGAUGCGAGAUUGACAGAAAAAAGCCAAAGUGAAAACCUGUGUUCGACUGAUCCAGUGAGUGAAUACGAUCUGAGAGUAAAGCUGGAAGCAUCAAAUGAGGCGAGAAACAAGGAUGGAGAUAAAGUUUCCACAGCGUUUUCUCUCUCUGUCUUAAAACACACUUCCUGGUACAUCUUCGCUUUCAAACAACUCUGUUGGCUCUUUGUGUGUGCACAUCAGAAAAUGAGCAUGGAACUAGGUAGAGGCUUAAAAUGCACGUACAAACAAAACUUCCAUUUACCAAACGCGUCUCCUCCAGGGAGAUCUUACAGGAACUGCCAUGGAAAACAAGGCGUUUUCUGCAGCUGGACGCAGGGUUUCUCCUACACAUCCCCCUUUGUUUAGAGAAAAUGAUGCAAAACUGAACUCGGUUGGAUUCGCUUCAACCUGGUUCCAGCAUUUUUCACUUGUUGGAAGGAAAAAAUGGAUUUUAAAGGUCAAUGUUAUCGUCAAAUGUUUUAAAGAGGUGAACUCAACAUUAAAAGACGCAGUGAGCUUCGUCUAGCGCCGACCGAUCUCCGUCUGUUUGUGAGGAUCAAAAGAUGAAAAGAACGUAGGAGUUCACUUGACGAGACGACUGAUCUGAUCUGCAGCCGACACAGUUACACACUUACAGCUGAACACAAACACACAAACACACAACUCACUCCCACCGUCACAGUUUUAAAAACAUUAUACUGUCUUUUUUAUAUGUAUGUUUUUGGAGUGCUCAUUUUUUUGACACGUAAAAAUGCACGCAGGAUCUUUUUUUUAUUGAAAGCAUCGAUCACACUGACUAACGAGCUCCGUUAUCCGUUCGUCUUUAAGUACAGUUUAUAAAAUGAAAAAUAUUUCUGUGUUCCCAUCUCAAGCUCGAGGAUUCCGUUCGACAAAACCGCGUCAUGUGUGAAUUCUGCGUCGAUCCACUGACUGUUACUUUGGCAGUCCGUGAAUGAAGCUGAAUGCCAGUUUUGAAUCCUGCUUUUUUUUUAUUCAGCCGCCAGAGCAGUCACACAGUGCAGGAAGAUGGGAGAGAGGUUGUAGAGAAUGAAGCUGGGACUGAAGGAAGGAACAGAGAAAGGAAGGACGCUGAAUGAGGGAUAAUCGUGGCGAUAAUCUCACGAUGACACAGAACGAUUGAGGAUUCACCGCAAGACAUAAUUAUUGUCACCUAUUUUAUGUCUUUAUAUGCUGAAUAAAUCAAAUAGUAUUGAACUUGUGGGAAGACUGAGUACAACAGCACCAUCUUAUGCACAAGACUUAACAUUUUAUGAUAAGUUUUCUGUUUAAAAACAGGAAACAAUAACAAAGCAAAUCUUAAAAAGAUUAAUUGCAUUCAUUUAUAGGCUCAGACAGAGCAAGACGUCAGAUAGUUUGUCCUCCAGAGAGGAAAAAUGUCCCGCUCAGUACAACUUCCCGUCACCUUGAUUUAAUAACCUCAUUUAGGAAUUUAAAGUGAAGAAGUGACAGAAUUUCAAUUGAAUGAAACUUUAUUUGCCUGAAGUCACUGGACUUCCCGUUUUUUGCAGUGUUCGUAAUCAUCACAAUGUGAAAAUGAGAAAUGCCAAAUACAUGACUGUAGCUUCUUGUUAUAUAUCCUGUCUGUGUGGUUGGUCUUGAACGUUUGUCUAAAGAUAUAUUUACACGCGACACACUGUCAAUGCCAUGAAACACAUUAA